GUCUCUCUCGCCUGGGGAAAGGCGGGUCGCGGUCUCCCCAAUACAGACGCGAUUACACCGCCACGCGAAUCGUUUCGCGGACUUCGCGGCUUUUGAACGUAUUCGCGACACGGCCGCUUUCUGCGCGCGGACGGCGAAAAUCACUAAUUGUGAUCUGUGAUUAAUCACUGUGACUGUGAUAUUUCAAUCGCGCCACUCCAGCGGACUCAGUGAUGUGAUCGUUGUUGAAUCAACGAACUGAACUCGAAUAUACCACUGGGGCAUAUACUUGACGAGUGUCACGUGAAAAAUGUCAAUGUCACGGCCGACGGGGAGGUGAUCAGGAAAUGUCAAUGAAAUGAAGACGUCGCUUGAAUGCGAGCGGUCGGACUCCGCCGAGACGGGCGGGAGAGGCCGCAUUUCGUUCAGCGUGGACGCGCUGCUGGGGAGCAAGGGUAGCGCCCCUAGAGCCGCUAGAGACACGCCGGAGCUGCAGAGCAAUGACGCUGAGAGCGCUUUGGAGAGCGACGACAGCGACGUGGACAUAGAGGAUGUAGAGUCGAACGCUGGGGACGAGCGGGACGAGAGGGAAAGCACCAACGAUGGGGAGGAGAUGGAGAGCAGGGGCGUGGUGGUGCCGCAGCCGCUGCUGCCGCGGCUCUACCAGGGCCCGGCGCCGCACCCCUGGCCGUUCGGUGCCUUCCCCUGGAUGGCGCCCAACCCUAUGUUCCGGGCUGGAUCACCUAACACAGGUGCUCCCAGCGGCCCACCGGUCGUCCGCUGCCAACUUAGAAAACACAAGCCUAACAGAAAACCAAGGACCCCGUUUACAACGCAACAAUUGCUUGCGUUGGAAAAGAAGUUCAGAGACAAGCAGUACUUGAGCAUUGCUGAGAGAGCUGAAUUCUCGUCGUCUUUGAGGCUCACUGAAACGCAGGUGAAAAUAUGGUUUCAAAAUCGGCGCGCAAAAGCGAAACGCCUACAAGAAGCCGAGAUAGAAAAGCUACGCUUGUCAGCGAGGCCUCUGCUUCCACCCUCAUUUGCCUUAUUCGGAGGGGGAGGGGCACCCCCCCUUUUCGCCGCGAUGGCAGCAGCGACAAGACCGCAGCUAAGUUUCUUGGGAGGUCCACCGUCGCACCAACAUGCCAUAAAUAUGAAUAUCCUGAAUUCCCUCCAACCGCAUUGACAUUCGGGACACGCGGGAACGCGUGAACAGCCGCCAUCUUGAUUUGUGGAUGAUUUAAAAUUGAAUUCGGAUACUUGUACGUGAUUUUAGUGACAGGAACGCAUUGAGUGUAAUAUAUUUGUAUAUCGUAGAUCUGCGAUUUUCUCGUCAUAGUUUUAGUACAAUAUGAGUCAGUAAAAUAUAAAUAGGAAUUAAUUAUAGACACAUACAGUUUCUAAAUAUAAGUGCAAUCCUAAAUUUAUUUGUUUCAUACCCUCAUAAAAUUUGUAAAUAAAGGCACAUACAUUAUCAUUAAUGACUACAUUUCCGUUAUAGAUUUUUUAGAAAUAAUUUAAUAAAUAGCUCAUAGAAACCCCAUCAUGCGAUAACCGAAAUAAAUAUAAAAUUAAUUGCAAAUACAUUUAUAAGCCUAUACAAUAAUUAAAUCCAUACUUUUAUAAAUUAUCCGAAUACCCACAAUAUUAUUAUUAUAUUCUUUUAUUUUAAUUUUCAUAUUAUUUAAUAGAUAAUAUGUUGUCAAUUUAUUAAUAUUAAAAUUAUAAUGCAUUUGCAUACGUUCUUAUUUUCGUUCUUAUAAUAUUCCUAGUUAAUACGAAUUGAUUAUCAAGGGAAUUGAAUGAAAGAAAUAACUUCGAUUUAUUGUCAUUAUUAGACUGAGUAUGUUUAUUUGGGUUUUCGAGACUGAAGUUACUUUAAUAAUUAUUUAAAGUGUAAAAUUAAAAAAAAAAAGAUGAUUAAUUCUUGAUAUCUAAAAUGUAUUUACGAUGAAUGUUCCAGAAGAUUGUGUCUAAUCGUCGUUUCAAUUAUAGUUUUGUUAACAUUAUCAUCUUGUUAACAAGGAUGAUCGUAAAGGUCCCUUCACUAAUAAAUACGCAAAAGUCAAACUGGGCUCGGACUGACCUAUCAUGUUUAUGAAACUUAAUUGCUACAACAAAUACCAGACUUUGUUAGAUAUUAAACAACAUACUUAGUAGACUUUACGUUUAAAUGUUAUUUUAAAUAAAAGCUUUGUAUGGUACAUGGAAUAUUUGUGUUACAUUUUAAACCAUUAACCGUUUGUCACAAUUCUCAGUUAUAGAUGUUAUACUUGAAAUGAAUUAAUAAGCUCCAAAUCUUCUUUAUCAAUGAUUUCCAAUUAUAAUAAAAUAUUUGAAAUUUAAUAAUAUGUGAAAAUAUAGCGAAAUAUGUACAAGUUCUAAUCAAUUACCGUUUCUCACUAUUAUUUUGAUUGCUGAAUGUUUUAUCGAAUAAAAUAGAUACUUUUAUAUGUUACUAAAACGAAGCCUGGAGUCUUGAUACUUUGGUCCUAUAAAUGUGUCAAUAUCCUGAGUUUAUUAUU